AGUCACACAGCAGGAUGUCUGCAGCCGGCAUGUCAGAAGAUGAGACUGCUCAGCCCCCCAGAACCAGCCUGUGGGAUCAGGACAGGCAGAACGUGGUGCAGCGCGUGGUGGCUCUGCCCCUGGUCAGGACCACGUGCACUGCGGUCUCGGAGGCUUACAGUGCCGCCAAGGACAGGCACCCGCUGCUGGGCUCCGCCUGCCGCCUGGCCGAGCACUGCGUAUGUGGCCUGACCGCCUGCGCCCUGGACCGCGCCCAGCCGCUGCUCAGUCACCUGCAGCCCCAGCUGGCCACCGUGAACAGCCUCGCCUGCAGGGGCCUGGACAAGCUGGAGGAGAAGUUGCCGUUUCUCCAGCAACCUCCAGAGAUGGUGGUGACCUCGGCCAAGGACACGGUGGCCAGCAGCAUGACGGGCGUGGUGGGCCUGGCCCGGCAGAGCCGCCGCUGGAGCGUGGACCUGAAGCGCUCCGUGAGCCACGCCGUGGAUGUCGUGCUGGGCAAGUCCGAGGAGCUGGUGGACCACUUCCUGCCCAUGACUGAGGACGAGCUCGCGGCCCUGGCAGCCGAGGCUGAGGGCCCGGAAGUGGGCUCCGUGGAGGAGCAGAGGAGGCAACAGGGCUACUUCGUGCGCCUGGGCUCCCUGUCAGCGCGGCUCCGCCACCUGGCGUAUGAACACUCUCUGGGGAAACUGAGGCAGAAGAAACACCACGCCCAGGACACGCUGGCGCAGCUGCAGGAGACACUGGAGCUGAUCAACCUCAUGCAGUGCGGGGCCACGCCCACUGCCCCCGCGCGCCCGGGGAAGGUGCACCAGCUUUGGGAGGAUUGGAGCCAGCGCUCCCCAGAAAACGGCCGGCGCCGGAGCCAGGCAGAGCUGGAGACGCUCGUCCUGUCCCGGAGUCUGAUGCGGGAGCUGCGGAGCACAGUGGACGCGCUGGAGACCAGUGUGCGGGGCCUGCCCCCCAGCGCGCAGGAGAAGGUGGCCGAGGUGCGGCGCAGCGUGGACGCCCUGCAGUCCGCGUUCGCCGACGCCCGCCGCUUCGGGGAUGUGCCGGCGGCCGCCCUGGCCGAGGGCCGGGGCAGCGUGGCCCGGGCCCACGCCUGUGUAGACGAGCUGCUGGAGCUGGUGGUGCAGGCGGUGCCGCUGCCCUGGCUGGUGGGGCCCUUCGCACCCAUCCUGGUGGAGCGGCCCGCGCCCCCGCCCGACCUGGAGACUCUGGUGGACGAGGUCGUGGGGGGCCCCGACCCCCGCUGGGCUCACCUGGACUGGCCGGCCCAGCAGAGAGCCUGGGAGGCCCAGCACGGGGACGGGCCAGCCCUCCCAGGCGACAUUUCCAAGGAGGAACCCACGCCCCCCAGCCGCCCCAAGCACACCCUGAUGCCGGAGCUGGACUUCUGACCGGAUGGGGCCAUGCGGCGGCCCAGGCGGCCUGCGGGAGGUCGCCCCGCCCCCCGGGGUCCCUGCUGCCCCCUAGCGGCCCUGCAUAUGCACUGACAGGCUGCAAGGGGAAGGUCGCCCUGCCUCUGACGUCCCUGCUGCCCCCUAGUGGCCAAGCGUUUGAACUAACAGACAGCGCGGUGGCCUUGCCCAGGAGCGGGGGGCCUAAUUCAGAAUCCCAGACCAGCUUCACUGAUCUCAGACGCUCCCCACUCUUUCCCUUGGACAUAUGGGGACUGAAACCCAAUUCAGGUCCCACUGGCCCCAAGCUGGGUUCCUCUGCCCGUAGCCCCGAUCCCUGUACCCCGAGAAAAGCAGAUCAAAAAUCUGCGGAUCAGAUCAGAAACACGGUUUAUCCAAUGGCUGUUUGGGGUUUCGAAGAGUCGGCGCCCUCCCUCCACCCCCCUGCUUGUACAGCCUGGAGUGAGAGGUCCCUGAGGAGGUGCAGCUGCAUCAGAUCCACGUGGUUUGCCCUUCGGGGUCCUCGCUCCAGAAUAAAGGUGCUUCGUGUUGUCGAAA